UGAUUUCUAGUCUGUCGUACUUCACCGGAGGGAACAGCAACGUACACAAUAGAGUAGCUUGUUCUCUGAUCACCAGGGCAAUGAGAUAAUAUGAUCCAUCCUUCUCUCAAUGGAAACAACACAGGCACACGCGGACAUGGCACACGGAGAGACCCGAGAGGAGAGGGGCAAAGAGCUGGCGGAGGACGUCACGGAGGACCAGUUCCUUAAAGAUCUCUACCUGUUCAUGAGGAAGAGAGACACACCGAUAGAGAGGAUCCCGCACCUGGGCUUCAAACAAAUUGAUUUAUUUGUGAUGUUCAAGACCGUCAGAGACUUGGGUGGAUACCACCAGGUGACUGCUCAGCAGAUGUGGAAGCAAGUUUACAACAGGCUGGGAGGAAACCCUCGAAGCACCAGCGCAGCCACGUGCACGCGCAGACACUACGAGAAGCUGCUGCUGCCGUAUGAAUGCAAUAUGAAAGGCAUAUUAAUGAGUGCCGUUCCUCAACAUCAGUCAAAGCACUUCCUCUACGCCGACUACACCAAAGAGGACAAUGACGGCCAGAGACCGGCCAAACGCAAACUGUUAUCGAUACGGAUGCACCAGAGCCCCAACAACCUCCAGUCAGAGCCACAUGGGAGCAUCUUCCCUCCACCGCUGCACUACCCUCCCUACUACCCCCUGAGCCACAAAGUCCUGCCCCCGUACGUCCCCAUCUCCUCCUCAGCGCUGACAUCCCCCAGGAUUUCUGCCCCCGAGUCCAAUUUCACUUUCCAUCCGCCUAACCUGAGCCCAACGGACAGGGUUAAAGAGCCGCUGGAGCACCUGCGCCACCUGGCAGAACAAUACAAGACCUCAUCUGGAUUGGCGGAGCCCCUGAACCUUAGCGUUAAAGCACCAAGUCAGGAGACCAACAGAAACCCCGUGUCAUCUUUCGCUCCACCUUCAUCCAGCAAGAACCCAAAGUUUUUGAACAAACCCUUCCCUCUGUACACCCCUCGUCGCCCAGAGGUGGUGAGAAGUGAAGGAUGUGAGACGCAGGACGGUGAGGCAGACGCUGAAGUCACAGCGUAUCCAUAUCCUGCGAAAGCAAGGGAGGCAUAUGUCAUUGAUGUCAAAGCCAUUACAGCCUCAAGCAGCCCCGAGCGCGACUCUGCUCCGACGCCGAGGACAGAUGAAGGCGCCACAGCGACGGCACGAAAACCCAGCUCUCCAAAAACAGACUUUACAAUCUGGCCCAAAGAGGAGAGGGAGGGCAGUCCAGAGGGAAGGGGGUUCAAUCUCAGUCACAUUCUGCCCAGCCUCCCUCAAGCCAACGGAGGCAAGAUGGAAAUCCAGAUACCACUGUCCGUACUUCACAGCUGGCUCAGGCUUUAUGGGUCCUCAGCCACGAUGCACGGAGCUAAGCAGCUACAUGCCCUCCCCACAGAGGAGGAACAGUCUGGACAGAGGAACUGCUCCGACCCCACCAACCGGUCCAUCCACACCAGUCCCCAACACUGGAGCCCGGCCGCCGAGGACCUACGGCUGAGGCACAGGGACGCGCCGAGCCCCACAGCAACCAUCCAGACGAGUGGUAAUCACCGCGACACGAGCCAAAAUCAUUUCACCAGCUACAAGCCUUCAGGUGGCAUUCUGAAAAACGCAUCCAGCCGGGACGUCUGUCCAGUUGACCAGCAGGAUUUUAUUAGGAAUUACAGCUGCAAACCCCAAAACUACUGGGAUGCCUACGACACAGUGGCCCAUGUGAAAACUGACUCUAGUCCCCUCACGCUUCAGCAAGACUUUACAGCCACUAAGUCCUACUGUGAAGAUGCACCCAGGGGAGGGAAGGAGAGGUCAGAGGUCGGGCCCUCCUCUGUGCUAAUGGUGAAUUCCAGCUCCGCGUCUCUGUUGCAGCUCACCACUGAAGAGGUGAUGAAGCUGAAGAAAAUCAUCUCCAGCUCGUCGUGAAAGAUCAGUUCAUGAACACUGACGCUCCAACACCACAUUAAAGCUUUUUCCUGUCCCGCAUCUUCUCUAAGUUCUGUAAUAUGUAUAUAAUCAAAAUGACAACGUGUCAAAUUAACAAAAAAAUUAUAAUUUAAUUGAUAAUAAUAAUUCACCAGAAACUGAGCUUGAUUUAAGUACAAUGUGCCUUUUUA